UUUAUUAGCUAGAGCGGUGUAAGACAAGUGUAAGAACGAUCAAUAUGUCGGCUAUGUCGCAGCCAAAACUAUCAAAUAACACACUGUAUACAUUUGUUGUUGUUUUCCAAAAAACGUAGCUGCAGGAUGCAGAUAGGAGCGUGUAGCUGUAAAAUGGUGCCCGUGUUUUUUUCGCUGAUAAUUUCGAUUCGAUCCAAUUGACUCGGCCCAGUUGCCCACCAACGGGAAGAAAAAGGCUUCGUGUGACGUCAACGCGAACGGCCAGCAAAGUAUUGAUCUUUCCCUUCGCUACCCUUCACUGUCGUGAGCGCCUCCAGGCGGAUUGGCGAUGAAGGCACACGUAAGGUGACUUCAUCCCCAUCCAGUUGAGCUCCAAGUCGGGGAGAAGGUGAAAGCAUUCCAUCCAUCAUUCCCCCCUUUUUUUUAAGUACACCAUCGACAGUCAUCAAGUGAGGAAUUAUGGACCGGUGAAUUUCCAUUUUUGAGUCUCUAGAUUUUAAUCAGAUCCGAAUCGACGGCGGGCUUUACUUGACGAUUGAAGAAAACCAACCACAGCAACAACAACAAAAAAACCAAAAAAAAAACAGUUUAAAAUCCAAGCCAUGGCUACAAAUCCGUUUGGCAGUUAUUAUCCAUCGGAAGGAGACAAUAGUCAGCAGUUUACUUAUCCAGCGGAUUCCAGCGGCAAUAAUUACGCUUACGACUCAUCGAGUGCUGGAUUGAUGGGCGACAGUCACUCAGGUAACAACUUGCAGCACCAGCCAAUGGGAACCGGAAUGGCCGAAGUCGAUUUGGCCAAAUAUCCCGAGCCCAAGGAGAGCACCAAGAAGAUCCGAGGGCGUUCGGAUAUAAUUGACUACUUUUUCGGUGGUCCUGUCAACCGUGAGCUACUCAUUGCCAAAGCUUUUUACUUUUGCUUCUUCUCCGCCUUUGGAUCUCUUCUGCCUUUGAUGGCCAUCUACUUCAAAAACAUGGGCAUGACACCCACUCAGGCUGGCAUUUUGAUCGGCAUCCGGCCGUUCGUUGGAUACCUGAGCGCGCCCUUCUGGGCAGAUCUCGCCGAUCGAUUCAAGAAGGGUAGGAUUAUGCUACUUGGAUCUUUGGCAGCUUGGAUCAUCUUCAACGUGCCUGUGGGCUUCAUCCGGCCUCCGGCUAUUUCUUGUUUGACCCACAAUUCGUCUGAUUUCAUCAUCGUAGCGCCCACAGGUCUGAUCAACCGGAUCGACAAACGAAGCAUCUCACCGUCAGAUUAUUACGAUGUGGAGCAAGAGAAUUUCAUGGCGGGAUGGACACCUCGUCAACCUGAAUGGAUUGAAGAUCAACAUCAGUCAGGCCAAGGUGGAUUAGACGAUCCCAACGUGAUUUCCUCCAAGUUGCCCUGGAAUCAGUUGCUGGCCAUGGAAGAGGAAGAAUCUGUCGACAUUCCAUUGGCGGAUGAGUACGGCGAUGACGGAGGAGAGGGAAGAAUGGUACGCAUCCGUCGCCACGCUACACCAUCACCGAUGAAACCCGAUCACGUUGUUGGCAUGUCGCCCUACUCGGUGAAGUUUGCCGUCAAUUACCAGGAGGAUGAAAAUAGUCAAUGGGUUUCGCCAACUUUCUCCUACACCAUUUUCAACCGCAACGAUAUCCGCAAAGUUUUCUUCCUCUUCCUGCUGCUCAUUGUUAUCGGCGAAUUCUUUUGCUGUCCUAGCAUGACUUUGGCUGAUACGGCUGUUCUCAAUUUGCUGGGCAAGGAGAAUGCUGAUCAAUAUGGCCGCCAACGAAUGUUUGCAUCCAUCGGCUGGGGAUUAACCAUGUUCUUUGUCUGUCUCACUCUCGACCACUCGACCCCGACACAAGGGCCCAAUCAUCCCUGCCAGGUACACGAGCGAGAGAGAGUGUAUACUGUUUGCUAUAUAUCCUUCACCAUGUUCAUGAUUGGAACCAUGAUUGUGGCUACUCGGUUGCCAUUCAAUUAUGACCCAGACCCUCAAGACUCUUUGGCAAAUUCGCAAAAUCCUGCUACAGUUUCAUCACCAGAGGAGUCAACUCGCUACGUUCCUCCGGCCCCCGGUUCGUGGUAUCAUCCGAAAGGACCUCCUCCCCCGCCUCCGGGAUCUCAACAUCAUCCCUCGACGAAGGAAGUAAUGAACGACGCUUUAAAAAAUCUCCUAGGAAAGAGCAAAGUAUUCGCCCAAACGACCAGCAAGAUACCCGAAUGGAUGCCCGUGCUUCGCCAUAUGGCUAACAUUAGAUGUGCUUCUUUCAUGUUUGUCGCCUGGUUCAUGGGUUUCGGCAUCGGUUUGAUCUUCACAUUUCUUUUUUGGCAUUUGCAGGAUUACGGAGGCACUUCAACCGUCUUCGGCAUGGCUUCGGUAGUCAAUCACAUUUCAGAAAUGUUGGCUUACUUUCUGAGCUACCCGCUUAUUCGCAAAAUAGGACACAUCAAGGUCUUGUGUCUCGGUUUACUUUGCAGCGUAUUGCGCUUCCUUUACAUUUCGUACAUCCGCGAACCUUGGGGAGUGAUUCCUUUUGAGCUGAUUCAAGGCGUAACGCACUCGGCUGUUUGGGCCGCUGCUUGUUCCUACAUCGCCCAUAAUACGCCGCCUGAACUGCGCGUUUCCGCACAAGGCGUUCUUUCUUUCAUUCACAACGGAGCCGGACGCGCUUGUGGCACCAUUUUCGGCGGUCUCUUUUCCACUUAUUAUGGCACCACGGCCGUAUUGCGUGGCUACGGAUUCGCCUGCAUCUUUGUUCUGGUUGGCUUCGUCUUGGUCUGCUUUUACCAUCGAGGCAAAGGCUUGACGACCGAUUUGACUCCAGCAGAAGAUCCGCAUCAGGUGGCCGCAGAGAUGGCUCAUCUAGCGCCCCACGGUGUACCAGGCAACCCGACUAUCGUCCGUACGGCCUCGACUGCCAAUUUGGAAAAUUCGGCCAGCAAACCCACACUGAAUUACAAUACUAGUCAUGGUAAUCUGGACAUUCCCAACGUAGGCGGUAUGGCACCACCGACCAACCCAUUCUUGGCAUCGUCUAAUAACCAGCAUACAUCAAGCUCCUUUGGUUACGUCGCCGAGGAGUACAAUGGAAUCUCAAUGAAUCCGACGCAAAGUGGAUCGGUUAACUACUCAUCUGGUUCAGGGUACAACACCAGUCAAUACAACAAUAGCCAAUAUUAACCAAUAAUAAGCGCGUACACCUGAAAGAAAAGAAAUCAAAGGGAAAGAUUCUGUAGAUGCAUUUUUUCUUUCUUUUUGUAAUUGUACUCAUUUUUCUAAAGAUUCCUCAGCGUCGCUAGCAUCGUCUUCGAAUCCAGUAUAAAUAGCACUGCACCAUUACAUGAAAUUUAUUCAUAAUGUAUCAGAUACAUUGACGUGGUUUUUCCAUUGGUGAUCACCUCUUAUUGUUUUAUUCUACCCUUUCCUUUUCCCGAUAAACAAAAAAAAAAAACAAAAAACAAAAAACACACAUGUAAGAAAUCCGUUGUGAGCAAUAGUUUCGUCUCCAUUUAAAUUUUACUACCGUAUGCGUCGUGACGCUGGGGCUUUGACACUAAGCGUCUGUAGCCUUCAAGAUUGAAAACACAAAUAGGAAUGCCCCUUUUUUCUUGGCGCCAGUUACAGAAAGACCGACGUAUGUGUGUUUGACUGUUUUCUUGUGCCGUCUACGUAUUGGUGCACCCAUCGAUUUGUUAUUGAUAAAAUAUUGGAAAAAUAGUCUGUUGUAAUUAUUUUAGAGGAGAUGCUGCACUGUGUUGUGUCAUUGUAGCUUUUCUUAUCUAAUUAAUUACCUUUACCCAUUCCACUACGUUGAAUGUUUUUAUUAUUGGCACCAUACAAGCGUCAGGUUGAUUGUU